AUGGCCGCGCCGCGCGCCCCGCCGGGAAGGACACCGGAACCUGCCGCCGCCAAACCGCCCCGGAAGCGGGCCCGGCCGGCGCGCGGCGCGGGCGGGAACAUGGCGGCGGGCAGGCGGCCGCGUGAGGCGGCGGCGGAGGAGGAGGCGGCGCUGCGGGGGAAGAGGCCCCGCGGGCAGCGGCGGCUGCUGGUGGUGCUGGAGGGGGCCAGUCUGGAGACCGUGAAGGUGGGGAAGACGUUCGAGCUGCUCAACUGCGACAAGCACAAGGCGUUGCUGCUGCGGAACGGGCGGGACCCCGGGGAGGUUCGGCCCGACAUCGCGCACCAGAGUCUUCUGAUGCUCAUGGACAGCCCCCUGAAUCGAGCUGGUCUCCUUCAGGUUUAUAUCCAUACCCAGAAGAACGUGCUAAUCGAGGUCAAUCCCCAAACCAGAAUCCCAAGAACUUUUGAUCGAUUCUGUGGUCUUAUGGUUCAGUUGCUGCACAAGCUCAGCGUUCGAGCAGCCGAUGGGCCUCAGAAAUUGUUGAAGGUCAUUAAGAACCCAGUCAGCGAUCACCUCCCUGUGGGCUGCAUGAAGAUAGGUACCUCUUUUGCAGUCCCAGAGGUGUCAGAUCUGCGUGAACUGGUUCCUGCAGCAGAGCCAGUUGCCAUUGUUGUGGGAGCUUUCGCCCAUGGUUCGGUCAAUGUUGACUACACAGAAAAGAUGGUCUCCAUCAGCAACUAUCCCCUGUCUGCUGCCCUGACAUGUGCUAAAAUUACUACUGCCUUUGAGGAAGUCUGGGGAGUAGUAUGAGCUGCUGCUGCUCCUGUGCUGAUGGACUCCUAUACAGGGACUCCACAUUCUGGAGAGGCUCUCAUACUGAGUUGUGGACCUGAAGGACUUUGGGCUCCUGGAAGGAAAAGGACUUUCAUUUCAUCCUUGUAGCUUCUGGAGCAAUGAGACUUUAAAUGCACUGACCUUUUUUUUUUUCUCCUAUUAAAGGUCACCUUUGAUAAAA